ACGGAGAUAACACCAGGGGAAAUAACGACAGUGAAGGCGGGGGGGAUGAAGUCAAGGGUGAUGAAGUCAGGGAUGGUGAAGUGGCUGAAGCAGAGACAGGGGGGCAGUUGUAGGUGAGACCCGAAGAGGGGACUCUGCGGGUGGUAAUGCAGGCAUGCCCACGGAUGCCAUGGAGGAACACACCGAGACCAAGGGUGACACAGCAGCUGCGGUGGCCACGGAUGCCAUGGAGGAACACAUCGAGACCAAGGGCGACACAGCAGCUGCCGUGGCCACGGAUGCCAUGGAGGAACACACCGAGACCAAAGGCGACAAGGCAGUUGCGGAUCGAGUUGCUCCCGUGGAAUCAAUCGUGGAAGCAACCAAGGCCGAUGAGGAAGAGAUUGCGAACCGAAAAUGGGCAGCCAAGGUCACAAACGGCAUGGAAGGGGUUACUAAGGCUGGUGAGGACGCAGGUGCGACAGACACAGAUAAUGAAGAAGAGGUUGUGAUAGGUGUGACAGGCGUCGGUAAUGAAGAAGGGGUUAUCAUCGAGAACCAUAUACUCACCCUGAUUUCUUGGCCAUUGCUUUCGAUCUUGAUGCGUGAGUUAUAUGGCGAUAACCCGACUUUGCAUCCCCCGCAUGAUAGUAAUUACACUCCACAUGGGGGAUUCAAUGUGUCUGUUUUGGAGACUGCUUUGAUAAGGCGUCGGCUUGAUGUGCAGCAUUUCCCUUCGGGUGGCGACCUGGACCACUGUUCGCACGAUUGUGCCUAUAUUCUACAUGCUCCCGACCACUACACCGCUCUUGUCCAUGCCUCUAGUUCUUGGGAAUUAUGGAAUGGUGCUGCUAUGGUGCAAACUAUUACUGCCAUUUGUGAUCUCGUGCGUAAUUGAGAGAAGGUUAACAACAAUCGUAUUUUUCAUCACCACUUCAGGACACCCUUCACCAUUUCAGGAUGCAGCCUGCCUAGACAAG